ACCUUCUCUCUUAAAUCCGUUGUGGGCCACUCCAGAAACAAGGAAACGAAAUGUUGUCUCGUAUUGCCCAGAGCUCCAAGAAGAUCGCCCUGACAAGCGGUGCUGUCCGUCUUUGCUCGCCUGCUCGUGUUGUGGCAAAUGUUCGCUUGUCUGCACCCAAACCAUUCGUUCGCCUUCAACAUACCAAGCCCGUUCACCAGGUCUUUGCCCCUCUCGACACCUUUGCUCCCCGUCACAUUGGACCCGAUUCAAACGAAAUCCAGGCCAUGUUGAAGCAGGUUGGUGCCAAGGAUAUGGAAGAAAUGUUGUCCAAGACAAUCCCUUCCUCUAUCCGCUCUCCAAAGCCCUUGGCCAUUAAGGAAGGUAUCCCCGAACGUGAACUUUUGGGCCGUCUCAAGGCCAUUGCUUCCAAGAACAAGGUCCACAGAUCCUACCUCGGACAAGGAUAUACCGAUACUGUCGUUCCAAAUGUUAUCCUCCGUAAUGUCAUGGAAAACCCUGCUUGGUACACACAGUACACUCCUUAUCAACCCGAAAUUGCUCAGGGACGUUUGGAGUCUUUGAUUAAUUUCCAGACUAUGGUGACAGAUAUGACCGGCCUUCCUAUCGCCAACGCCUCUUUGUUAGAUGAAGGUACCGCCGCUGCAGAAGCAAUGUUGAUGACAUGGCAAGCUGCCCGUCGCAAGAAGAACCUUUUUGUUGUCGACGAAAACUGCCACAGCCAAACUAUUGCCUGCCUGAAAACACGCGCAGAGUCUUUCAAUAUUGAGGUCGUCACUGCAGACAUCUUCAACUACAAGUUUGACGAACACAAAAAGGAUCUAUGCGGUGUACUUCUGCAGUACCCCAAUGCCUGUGGUACUGUUGAGGAUUACGAAGCCUUGACAAGCUCCAUCCAUAGUGCUGGUGGUCAGGUUGCUGUCGCCACAGAUCUCAUGGCCCUCGCUCUCUUGAAGUCUCCCGGAGAGUUUGGUGCCGACAUUGCACUCGGUAAUGCCCAACGCUUUGGUGUUCCUCUCGGCUUCGGUGGUCCCCAUGCUGCUUUCUUUGCCUGCAAGGACGAGCACAAGCGUCGUAUGCCCGGUCGUCUUGUUGGUGUUUCCAAGGAUGCCAAUGGCAAGCAUGCAUACCGUCUCGCUCUUCAGACUCGCGAGCAGCACAUUCGCCGUGAGAAAGCCACCAGCAAUAUCUGUACUGCCCAAGCUCUCCUGGCAAAUAUGAGUGCUAUGUAUGCUGUUUACCACGGUCCUGCUGGUAUUAAGGCAAUUGCCCAACGUAUUCACAACAUGACUGCUGUUCUUGCUGCCGGUAUCCGUGAAAACGGUCUAGUUGUUGAGAAUGAUGGUGCUUUCUUUGAUACCCUUUCCGUAAAGGUCGACAGCUCAUCUUCCAUUCUGCAAAAGGCUCUCACAAAGAACAUCAACUUGCGUGCAAUUAACGGACAAACUGUUGGUGUCACUCUUGACGAAACCGUUACUCAGGCUGAUGUUGCUGAUCUCUUGGAAGUAUUUGCCCAGGAAGGAGCACCAGCCGUUUCAAUCGAUACCCUUGCAUCUGCUCUUCCCCAGGUCAACUCUUUCCCUAUCCAGCUCCAGCGUACUUCUGCUUAUCUCGAACACCCCAUCUUCAACUCUCAUCACUCCGAAACAGAAAUGCUCCGUUAUAUUCACCACCUUCAGAGCAAGGAUCUUUCUCUUGUCCAUUCUAUGAUUCCUCUCGGAAGCUGCACCAUGAAAUUAAACGCCACUACCGAAAUGAUUCCUAUCACCUGGGCCGAGUUUGGAAACAUUCAUCCUUUUGCCCCUGUCGAUCAAACCGAUGGUUACCGUAUCAUGCUCCAGGAGCUCGAGAAGGAUUUGGAAGAGAUUACCGGUUUUGAUGGUGUGUCACUCCAGCCCAACUCUGGUGCCCAGGGCGAGUAUGCCGGUCUCCGUGUGAUCAGAGCCUAUCAUGACGCUCGUGGGGACAGUCAUCGUAACGUCUGUUUGAUUCCCAUAUCCGCCCACGGUACUAAUCCUGCUUCUGCUGCCAUGGCCGGUAUGGAUGUUGUUAUUGUCAAGUGUGAUGAAGAUGGAAACCUCGACAUGGAAGAUCUCAAGACUAAGGCUGAGAAGUACAAGGAUAACCUGUCCGCUGUUAUGAUUACGUACCCCUCUACUUUCGGUAUGUUUGAGCGUGGUGUUGCAGAGGCUUGUGAAGUUAUCCACAAGUACGGUGGUCAAGUUUACAUGGACGGUGCCAACCUCAACGCUCAAAUUGGUCUCACCAAGCCCGCCGAGAUCGGUGCUGAUGUUUGCCACAUGAAUCUCCACAAGACAUUCUGUAUUCCCCACGGCGGUGGUGGACCUGGUAUGGGUCCCAUUGCCUGCAAAUCCCACCUUGCACCCUACCUUCCUGGCCAUCCUGUCAUUACUACCGGUGGACAGAAUGCUAUUGGUCCCAUUUCUGCUGCACCUUUCGGUUCCGCUUCUAUCCUCCCCAUCUCCUGGGCUUACAUCAAGUUGAUGGGUGGUCAAGGCUUGACUAACUCUACCAAGGCUGCUCUCCUGAACGCCAACUACAUGGCUAGCCGACUUGCCCCUCAUUAUGAAAUUCUUUACACUAACGAGAACGGCAUGUGUGGCCACGAAUUCAUUGUUGACAUCCGUCCCUUCGUUGAUCAUGGUGUUGCUGCCAUAGAUGUCGCCAAACGUCUGCAGGACUUUGGCUUCCACAGCCCUACUAUGUCAUGGCCAGUAACAAAUACCCUCAUGAUUGAACCCACAGAGUCCGAGUCAAAGGUUGAAUUGGAUCGUUUCUGUGAUGCCAUGAUUGUCAUUCGCAAGGAGAUCCAAGCUGUAUUGGAUGGAAGUGUUUCAAAAGAGAACAACGUACUUGUCAAUGCCCCCCACUCUCUCGAGACUUUGAUGGCUGAUGAAUGGAACAAACCAUACAGCCGCGAGUCUGCAGCAUACCCCAUGCCUUAUCUCCGUGAGAAGAAGUUCUGGCCCUCUGUUUCACGUGUCGAUGAUGCCUACGGUGAUCGUAACCUCAUGUGCACUUGCCCUUCCCCUGAGGAGUAUAUGGAUCAAUAGAUAUUCCACCUUACACCUCUUUCUCUCUUUCUACAUUUUCACAUUAGACCAUUAUAAUUUUGUAUCUUUCUAAAAAAAAAGCAACUAUUUUAUUGUUCAUGUACUAUAAUCAUAUACACAUAUUCUAUUAUACAAACGAUUCAUUCAUUAAACCAAACUAAACCAAACGAAAGGAUU